UCUGUCUCAUUCACCAAAAGAAGGAAAUAAAACUGGAAACUUAUAGUAAUUCUUUUGUUAAAAAUAUCACAUACUUUGGCAUAGAGAAAACAGUGAUGGAAAAGAAGGAGAAGGUAAGGGAUGAUGGUAUAGCAUUAGAUUUUGAAGUAGGAGAUGAAGUUGUUGAGAUAAUCAACAUUAACAGCUUUUCCCUGCCAUGUCCAUUAUUAGUAUUUUCGCCGACUACACAAGGUUCCUAUCCCGUUUUACUAUUUUUCCAUGGAUUCUGUCUCCAACCCGACUGCUACAAGUCCCUCCUCCUACAUAUUUCUUCCCAUCAAUAUAUCGUCAUUGCUCCUAAGUUCUCUCCUAUGACAUCCCGAUGCGAAGUUAAAAAAGCAAGAAAAAUAGCAGAGUGGUUAUCAACCAACAAGCUCGACUCAGUCUUGCCGGAGAAAGUUCUUCCGGACCUCCUCAAAGUAGCCGUCUCCGGCCACAGCAGAGGCGGUAAAACAGCAUUCGCCUUAGCUUUAGCCUACGGAUCAAGCAGCAAGGACGGAUCCAGCACUUCAGAAAAGGCAACCCGAGAAAAACAACCCCCUCUCAAAUUCUCAGCACUCCUCGGAAUUGAUCCAGUCGCUAAACGGUCCUCCUGUUUGUGCUCUCCCAACAUUCUCCAAUAUAUUCCUUACAGUUUCAAUCAUUCAGUCCCCGUAGCUGUAAUUGGUACCGGCUUGUCAAAUCAACGAGCAUUCGGCGUGUGUCCACCCGGUGCCCCAAAUGGGGUUAAUCAUGCUGAGUUUUUCAACGAGAGUAAGCCGCCUUGUUACUAUUUUCGGGCUAAGGAUUAUGGCCAUGUUGAUAUGUUAGAUGGUACAAACGGAAUGACGACUUUGAUGGGAAUUAUGAUGAAAAGUGGGAAAAAGGAGUCAAAGGAUAGUCUAAGAAGGACUAUAGGAGGACUUUUUGUGGCUUUUCUCAAGGCUUAUUUGGAAGGUCAAGCUGAUGAUUUAAUUAAUAUUGUUGAAUCGCCUGAUAUUCGUGCUCCUAUUAAACUCGAUCCUGUUAUAUCUAUCGAGGAAUAAUUACAUUUGAUCGAUAUACUCAAGUAAUAAAUAAGAGAUCAUUCAUCCUAAUAAUUUAAGUGUGUGGAUGUUAAUUUCCAUUCCUAUAUUUGUAUUUCGACAACAAUAUGAAUUAUAUAUGUUCAAUAAAAAGGUUUUUUUUU